CAACAAAAUUUGGAAAUUGAAAGAGCAGAAGAAGAGCUUCAGAGACUUGAACUGCAGCAUCAGGAACGCCAGAGACAGAGACAGAGAAGGCAACCAAUGAGGAGACUAGCAGAGAUGGAGGUUGAUCGUGAACCUCCAGUCCUCCCACCACCACCCCCCGUUGAUAUUGUUGGUAAUCUGAUGUGGGGCCGGCUGGGGAAACAGCCCUAUUGGCCUGCAAUGGUGGCGGUCGAUGAGGACGGCCUAUACUUUAAACAGAAAAUAACUGAAAAUGGAGUACUUCGCCGGCAAUUUUACGUCGAAUGGUUGGCCGACGGGCGGCGGUCAUGGGUUGGGGCCACUUAUUUGGCCCCGUUCGAGCGCCCGGAAAAUCCCACCCCUGAGGGUCUCAGGAACACCCUUAGGGAGUGGGUCCUAAAUCAUAGGAAAUCCAAGGAAUCGCUUAAAGCACUCAAAAUUCCCCGCAGACUGCAGGGGAAAAUUGACGCAGCAAUAGAGGAAGCACUGGAAUUACAGGACAAUUUCCAUUAAAUAGAUUAAAAGAGACAAAGGCUUGGGGGUUAAUAAAAAAUGUAAGGAGUUACUCAGCAGAGGAGGGCAGUGUCUGUAGGGUGAGUGACAAACAUCAAUUCAUUUCAUUUUAAUUGUUUAUUCAAUCCAUACUCAAAAUUAAAUUACUUCUGCUUAUUACACAGGUACACUAUAUAACCUCAUAAAUUUAUCCUAUUUUAAAUUCAUCCAUUAAUUUAUGUGAUUAUGAUGAUAAUGAUAAUUUUUUACUAAUUUAAAUUUCUAAAUUCAAUUUAUAAUUUAAUUAUUAUGAUUGACUAUGCUUGAUGGACAGACAGGGAGAUUGCAAACCUCACUUGACGAAAGUUUAAAUAAUAGUUUUUCAUUGUUAUCAAUUCAUGGUAUCAUAAAAUUAUUUUUAUUGGUUCAAUGUAAUAGAAUUUCAGCCCUAUUUAUAGAAAUAAAAUAUAUUACUGAAGUCGUGCAUAACACGACUUGUCUUAGCUCAAUGCAUCAAUGGAUGGUGUAAUAAUAUUAAUAAAUAAGAAAGGAUUACAAGUCCCCAACAUUUUU